GCUACAAUUUGUAUGGCUCAGGUUCUAAUAUCAAACACAUAAAUUUAUGGAUCUGUCAUCCAUAUACAAAGGAAGUCCUGUUCUGAUGGCUCUUCAUGAAGCUUUUUGAGGUUCAAGCCCACCCAGAUCUCUCCAAUCUUUUGAGAAAAAGAACAGAUUCAUAUGAUUCUCUUUGGUGUCAACAUAUAUCAGGAUAAGGCCAGACACCCAUGUCUCCCCACCCACAUGUUUCUGCAACCUUAGAAAAGAAAUGAAGUGGGAGCUUCCUUUGUAUGGUAUGUGCUUUCUGUAUUCCUUCAUCUGAAUCCUGCUCCUUUCCACAUAAUCCGCAGAGUUCCUGCAACUUCCCCCCCAUUUCAUGCCCAAGUGAAGAGUGCCCGUCUGUUGUCAUUGUUGAUUCUCUUCUUUCUUGCCUGAAUUCUGCUGGGUCUUUGUCAGUUUUUUGUGUUUUUUUUUUGAGUCAGAAAGAUAUAGAAGGUAUGUAAUCGCUGUUACUCAGCUUACCAUGCCUCCUUAUCUGCUUCCUUAGUUUUGUAAUUUAGGUUUAAUUUUUUCUUUUUUUCAGUUUCUGCAAUUUUCUCCCAUUUCACGGCGGAAGGAGUACAUGUUAGUUUUCAUAUAUGAUCUCUUCGUUUGUUACCUGAAUUCAACUGGGUUGUCGUUAAGUUUGCUGUGCCUGUGAUUAAUUUUGCUUAAGUCAGCUCAAUAUAGGUGACAAUUUUGAGUUCUCUAGCACUGUAAAUUUCACCGCACAGUUUCUGAAGAUUCAACUGCAACUGGUUGGCUCAAUUUCAAAAUUUACAGUUUGUUUUCUUCUAGUUCAAUUGUAAACAGUCUCUCCUUUCUCGUCUUUCCCCUUUUGGUCCUUUUAUUGCCAGAAUUCGGUCCCUUUCAUUCUCUCUGAUUCUUCUGUUGCCACAAAUUUUCCCAAGUUUAGCUGAAUUUGGGUUCUUAAUAGGUACAGCCAUGGUAACUUUUGGUCUCAUUCAUUCUAUGGGCUCCUCUUUGUGUUUGUUUCUUCUCCUGCUUUCUGAAACUUGUAUGGCUAGUAUUCAACAUCACGGGAAGGUCGAGCCUGGCUUUGAAGGGUCUCAAAUGAAUUGGAUUGAUAAUGACGGGCAUUUUCUUUUAUCAAACAACUCAGAUUUUGCUUUUGGAUUUGAGGCCACGAAUGAUGUCCAAUUGUUUCUACUAGUUGUUAUCCACCUUGCUGCUAAGAAAAUAAUUUGGACUGCAAAUAGAGGGUCCCCAGUUCAGAAUUCUGAUAAGUUUGUGUUUGAUGACAAGGGGAGGGUGUUCCUACAAAAGGGGAAUAGGACUGUUUGGUCCCCAGAUACUGCUGGCAAAGCUGUUUCUGCAAUAGAAAUGCAGGACUCAGGAAAUUUGGUUUUGGUAGGGAAUGAGGGUCAACCAAUUUGGCAGAGUUUUGAUCAUCCUACAGACACUCUUUUAUCCUACCAGAAUUUUUCAGAGGGAAUGAAGCUUGAAAGUGAUCUUACCAAUGAUAAUAUCAGCUAUUAUCUCGAAAUCAAGUCAGGUGAUAUGAUUCUUUAUGCAGGUUACCGAACUCCUCAGCCUUAUUGGUCUAUGAAGAAGGAAAACCUAAAAAUUGUAGAAAAAGAUGGAGACCCCGUUUCAGCGUCGAUUGAAGGCAAUUCUUGGAGAUUCUAUGAUAGUAACAAAGCCUUACUGUGGCAAUUUGUUCUCUCACAAAAUGCUGGUACAAAUUCCACUUGGGUUGCAACUUUAGGAAGUGAUGGCUUUAUCUCUUUCACUACUUUAUCAGAUGGGGGACUUUCGCAAGUACAGAAACAGAUACCAGGGGACUCUUGCAGUUCGCCAGGAUUUUGUGAAGCCUAUUAUAUUUGUUCCAGUAACAGGUGCCAGUGCCCUUCAGUUCUUAGCUCCAGGCCUAACUGCAACACGGGGAUCGUCUCUCCAUGCAAAGAUUCCACAGAGCUUGUAAAUGCUGGGGAUGGAUUCAACUAUUUUGCAAUUGAGUUCAUCUCACCCUCUCUUUCAGAUACCGACUUAAAUGGUUGCAAAAACUCUUGCCUCAGUAACUGCUCAUGCCUUGCAUCGUUCUUUGAAAACAGCACUGGGAAUUGCUUUCUGUUUGACAGUGUAGGAGGCUUGCAGACCACUGAUGGACAGGGUUUUGCUAUGUAUAUUAAAGUCUCAAGUAGUGGAGGUGGUGAUGUGAACCCUGGUGGGGACGGGGGUGGAGGCAGCAAGAAACACUUCCCAUAUGUUGUGAUCAUAGCUGUUUCUACUGUACUUGUAGUUAUUGUCUUAGUUUAUGUGGGAUUUAGAUACUCAAGGAGGAAGAAGUCCCCUGAAUCUCCUCAUGAUCAUACUUCAGAGGAGGAUAAUUUCUUGGAGAGUUUGUCUGGGAUGCCAAUCCGUUUCAGUUAUAAAGAUCUCCAAACUGCAACUGAUAAUUUCUCUGUGAAGCUUGGGCAAGGAGGAUUUGGAUCUGUAUACCGAGGGGCACUCCCUGAUGGGACGCAAUUGGCUGUGAAAAAAUUGGAAGGCAUUGGUCAGGGAAAGAAGGAGUUUCGAGCUGAAGUUAGCAUCAUUGGCAGCAUCCACCAUCUCCACUUGGUCAAGCUAAAAGGCUUUUGUGCUGAAGGAAGUCAUCGGCUUCUUGCUUAUGAGUUCAUGGCCAAUGGGUCUCUUGAUAGAUGGAUCUUCAGGAAAAACAGAGAGGGCGUCAUGUUGGACUGGAACACAAGAUUCAAUAUUGCAUUGGGCACAGCAAAGGGACUGUCUUACCUUCAUGAAGAUUGUGAUGCCAAGAUUAUUCACUGCGACAUAAAACCAGAAAACGUGCUUCUGGACGACAACUACCAUGCCAAAGUCUCAGAUUUCGGUUUGGCAAAGCUGAUGACUCGUGAGCAGAGCCAUGUUUUCACCACUCUGAGGGGCACCAGGGGUUACCUUGCACCUGAGUGGAUCACAAACUAUGCCAUAUCAGAGAAGAGUGAUGUUUAUAGCUAUGGGAUGGUGUUGCUUGAGAUCAUUGGAGGGAGAAAGAACUAUGACCCCUCCGAGAUUUCAGAGAAAUCCCAUUUCCCCACUUAUGCCUUUAAGAUGAUGGAAGAAGGGAAGCUGAGAGAUUUACUGGACUCGCAGCUGGAGGUCGAUGAAGAAGACGAGAGGGUGUCUACCGCAAUUAAAGUUGCAAUGUGGUGCAUACAGGAAGAUAUGCAUCAGAGGCCAUCAAUGAUGAAAGUAGUCCAAAUGCUAGAAGGCCUGUGUGCUGUUCCUCAGCCGCCCACCACUUCCCAAAUGGGAUCCCGAUUUUACUCCGGCUUCUUUAAAUCAAUCAGCGAAGAGGGGACUUCAUCAGGACCAUCAGACUGCAAUAGUGAUGCAUACCUCUCUGCCGUGAGGCUUUCAGGACCAAGAUAACAGUUGCUCAAGAGUUCCAUUCGGAUUCAGAAAGCCUUCUUGGAAGAUUAGUUAGGAGUCUUAUACUCAUUUUGAUCUACCUUUUCUUGUAUAAAUUUUUGGAAUUGUAUGUGCAAUAAUCACCCAAAUUUUGUUAACACCCAGUUCACCGCUUGUUUGCUUAGGUGCUUGCUCUGUAAAUGAAGAGUUGUAACAAUGCUUCUGCUUGUAUGAAGUGCCAUGAUCAUUCAGUAUGAGUUUAGCUGUCUUCUAGUUCUCUGUAUAA